AUGCUUGUCUCGAAGCUCUUCAUCUCGCUUGCCCUCAGCAUGGGUCUCAUCCCGGCUACCGAAGCCCGACUGAAAUACGUCGGUAUCAACGUCUCUUCCGGAGAGUUUGGUGUCUACUCGCCUGGAAACCCUGGGUUCGGGUUGCCCGGCAGGUUCCCCGACGACUAUCAGUUCAUCAACAAGAGCGCCAUCGACGUCCAGAUCUCACAGGGGAUCAACCUGUUUAGGUUGAGUUUCUUGGUGGAGAGGAUGUGUCCCCCGAGUUAUGGCCUGGGGCCCAAGUUCAACGAGACCCAUUGGCAACUCUACAACGAAGCCCUUCAAUACAUCACCGACAAGGGUGCCUAUGUCAUGACCGAUCCCCACAACUAUAUGCGAUACGGCGAUCCCUCUGCCCAACCGAUGAGCGGACCGAUCAUUGGUGAUACUUCCGACCCUAAGGCGGCGACGACCGAGCAAUUCGGAGCGUUCUGGGGUGAGAUGGCUAGGCGUUUGCAAGGCAACCCGAGGGAUAUAAGCCAAUUUCCCGUUGUUCUCCCGCUACGGCCUGAUGAACGAACCUCACGACAUGCCCACCUCUCUCGUCCUUCUAAACGAUCAAGCGGCUAUCACCUCGAUCCCUACACGGGGGGACACUCCUGGCUCCAAUCGUCUCAAAACGACGAACCCUCCGCCAACUACCUCAACAAGCUCCGAGACCCGAUUAAUAAUACCGCCAUCGACAUCCACGAGUACCUGGAUUACAAUUUCUCCGGAGGGAAUGUGGAGUGCGUCAAUACGUUUGAUAGUACGAUGGGACCGUUGACAGAGUGGUUGAGGGAUAACGGGUUGAAGGCGAUCGUCAGCGAGUUUGGAGGGAGUAAUACCACGGUCUGUGCGGAGAUGUUGAAGGGGGCGGUGGAUUAUGUGGCGGGGCAUGACGAGUACAUCGGGUUGGCCGCUUGGGCUUCGGGGCCGAAGUGGAACAUCUACUCGCCCUGCUGCAACAACUAUACCAACAACUUUGGGUCCCUCGAACCGGGGUCCAAGGCUUCCGACGGGGGUCCUUCUUACUACGACACGAUCUGGUUGCCGACCAUCUUGCCUGCCUAUGAAAAGUAUUACUCGCAGGUCGUCAGGGAAGGGGUAUCCAGCAUCGAACUCAGCAACGGGAAGAGCGGAGAGAACAAGGGCAAGGGUAACGGUAAUGGCAAUAUCAAGGGGAACGAUAACGGCAAAGGCAAGGGCAAGGGCAAAAACGGGCAGUGA